AUGACUGUGUCCGGCGCUGUUGAGAAAUGGUCUCUCAUCACCAAAACAUCUUCAUCUCUAUCACUAUUGGAUUUCCUGUGUGACUUUGAGGCAAAAUCUGUCAAUAUCUGGUUUGGACAGUUCUAUGUGUAUUGUCUUUGUUCUGUUGUUUCAGGGUCUCCAUACUACGACAACGUGAGGCCUCUCUCCUACCCAGACUCAGACGCUGUCCUUAUCUGUUUUGACGUCAGCCGUCCUGACACACUCGACAGCGUAAUAAAGAAGUGGAAAGGGGAGAUCCAGGAGUUCUGUCCCAACACCAAGAUGCUCCUGGUGGGCUGCAAAUCGGACCUGCGCACCGACCUCUCCACUCUGGUGGAGCUGUCCAAUCACAGACAGAUGCCUGUGUCAUAUGAUCAGGGUUCCAACAUGGCCAAGCAGAUCUCAGCCCCCUACAUCGAGUGCUCAGCCCAGCAGUCAGAGAACAGCGUCAGGGACAUUUUCCACGUGGCCACAUUGGCCUGCGUCAACAAGAACAACAAGAACGUCAAACGCAACAAAUCUACCAGAGGCAACAAAAGGAUCUCGCACAUGCCCACUAGGCCCGACCUCGCGGCGGUAGCGUCAGACCUGCGGAAGGACAAAGCAAAGAGUUGCUGUGUCAUGUGACCUGGUGGGCAGGGUCACGACCCUCGGGAGUGGGUUUGCAGGCUGGGAUUGAAGCAUGCAGUGAGGACAGGGGUUAAAGGUCAGAGCAUAGUGCAUUUUGGAACAUUAGAGGGUGAGGCCCUUCCCUUCCUGCACUUUAAAGCCCUUGGCCUGCUGUCCUGGGUGGAGUUUUGUAUAUGCAUCAUACAAUGUAAAUGUAGAUGAAAUCCACCGUAUCAAUGACAACACAAUAGUCUUUCAGUGUAGCCUGUCUAUCUACCAUCCAUCUCCCUUACAUAUCUUUUACCAGAAGAGGAAGCUAUCUCUGCUUUGGGCCAAUUAGCUGCCUUCCUUCCGGCGGCUUCCCGGGAGGUAGUAACACUGUUUCCUCUUAGAGCUGGACGAGGAAGUUGUCAUGGCCUUUCACAGGAAAUUACCAUUUCCACAGGAAGUGAUGUCACGUAGGAAAAGUUGAACGAGUCCCGGACGUUUUUCUAAGGACUUCAGAAAGGAUGUCCACGCAGUACAUGAUGAUUGGCU